AUGGCUGCCCCUCUGAUCAUGUUUGCCUUGCGAAGGUGGAGAGCCGGCGUCCAGCCGGGCCGCGGACUACGGCCCGUGCGCCUGAUACCCCCUACUAGCAUUCCAGAACCCCCAAAGCACAAAAGUUACCCCACUCCCAGUGGCUGGCAGCCCCCCAAAGACCCCGCACCCAAGCUGCCCUACUUUGUGAGGCGCUCUCGGAUGCACAACAUCCCUGUCUACACAGACAUCACGCACGGUAAUCGCCACAUGACAGUGAUCCGCAAGGUGGAAGGGGACAUCUGGGCCCUGCAGAAGGAUGUGGAGGAUUUUCUGAGUCCUCUGCUGGGGAAGACGCCCAUCACUCAAGUCAAUGAGGUGACAGGUACUCUACGAGUCAAGGGCUACUUUGACAAGCAGCUCAAAGCUUGGCUUCUGGAGAAGGGCUUCUGA